UAGGCAGCUGGGUGAAUUGGAUGUGGAUAGGGAGGGUAAUCGGCAUGCCGGGGGGGGAUAUCUGGAACUGAUCCCCUGUAUGGCUCUCUCUGCAGCAGCUGAAAGCUGGCUUCUUCUCCUCUACCUCCCGCUGGCUUUUAGCUGCUGCAGAGAGAGCCAUACAGGGGAUCGGUUCCCCCACCGCACCCAUCACCCUCCCUGUGCACCAUACAUUUCCCCCUGCUGCCCAGGCCCCCUAGUUGUUGACUUCCCUAUUCUCCUUCCCACUGGCAGCUGCCAGCACACAAUAGGAUCCUUCAGGAUGGAGAGUGGGGGAAGGGUCCUGUAAACAUGUCACAUUUACCAGACCCUUCCUUUCCUGAAUGA